AUGGCCAUAGGGGCACCGGACGAUGCUUGUCUCCUGAAUUAUACUAAGUACCCAUACGAACCACCUGGCGAAUGUAUCAGCCGGAAGGUAGUGGUGAGGGAGUGGGACAGCAUCACAACCAACAGCUGCUGUCGGAACGCUCUCAAUGCCUUCUCUCAGGCACUUGCUCUCCAGGCCCUCCAGAACGACUACAUCUUCCUCCACGAGAAACAAUGGCUACAUUGUCAAUUCCCCGUCCCGCCUCAAGACUCGAUUGAUAUCAAUGCCUGUGGUUUCCACCACCUAAACCGGGAUAGCAGCGUCUGUUCCUCGCUUUCAUUGUCCUCAUUCAGGACUACCUACGUCGGGGAAUAUUCGUCUGUCCUUGAAAAAUGCUCCAAUUUUGAUUCUCUCACCUUCAAUGAUAGUUGCCUUAGCUGCACCUACCAUAUAGAAGAAAUGAGAGAGUAUUUAAUGGGGCAACUUCACCUGAAGGAUAAUGCGACGGAGAGGGACAUUUGCGGUGUUGCGGUUGUCAUUGCGGUUUCCGCCAAUAAAAUAGAGAAUGAAACUUGGGUUGAUAAUUACUAUAGGUGUUUACCUGCAUUGGACAAAGGCGAUCCUUUCUACUUCAAAAUCAAGUAUUCAACGUUGAAGAUUAUAAUAUGGAUCAUCAUACCAACGUUCGUAUUAAUACUGACUUUGGUGGUCGGUAAACACGUUGUCAAGGAGCACAUGAAGAAGAAGAAGAAGAAGAACGCUAAGUUCCUUGAAGGGAAAAGAUCCAGGACAUGGUCUGGACUUUAUAGAUUCUCAAAAGCGGAAAUUGAAAGUGCAAUCAACUUCAACACUCGCAAGGUAUGUUUGGGCUCGGGAAGCGCUGGUCGGGUUUUCAAAGGUAUUCUUCCAAGUGGACAGAUCGUAGCAAUCAAGCACAUUUUUAAGGACAAUACGUCGGAUCGUUUUACAAGGGAAGUAGAAGGUUGGUCGAGGAUUCGGCAUCCUAACCUGGUUUGUCUCUUCGGUUGCUGCGAGGAAGAUGGGGAUCAGUACUUAGUGUAUGAGUACUGUUCUUAUGGAAAUCUAGCUCAACAUCUCCAAAGGAGUGACAGCUUUCUUUCAUGGGACAUAAGGGUGAAAAUCAUGAGAGAUUGCGCCCUCGCACUAAGGUUUCUCCACAGCUAUCCAGACGGUUGCAUUGUUCACAGAGACAUCAAGCUUACAAACAUUCUACUGACUGAGGACAUGGAUCCAAAGCUCUCAGAUUUUGGGUUGGCGAAGAUGCUUGGGAUGGACGAAACCAGGGUGUUCACAGAUGCAAAAGGGUCCAUUGGAUACAUGGACCCUGAAUACAUGACCAACGGCAAGCUCACUUCUGCUAGUGAUGUCUAUGGCUUUGGCAUUAUCACCCUUCAAAUCCUAUCAGGAAAGCAAGUGUUUGAACUGGAUCGUGAUGCACGUGACAAUCUGACGAGGACGGCCAAAGAGGUGCAAAUGCAGAAACGCCCACUUUCUGAUUUUGAAGACCCAAGGAUGGAAGGAAACUACAACGCGGCCGACUUUGAAUCCAUCCUAUACAUCGCGGUUCUAUGCGUUGCUAACUCAAGCAAGGGACGGCCCACCAUCAACGUGGUUUUCGAAGAAAUGGACAAAGUUUGGAGAAAUACAGAGGCCAAUAUGGUUGGAACAUGAAUCUUUCUGCUACUAAUCUUGUAUGGAGAUGUUAGGAUUAUGUUAAUACCUGAUUUUU